UCACACACAGAGCCCUGUAACAGAAUAGAGUAUGUGUGUUUGUAGGACGUGGCAGAGUCAUGGGGAGCCAGAGGAGGUGUGUGGUCCUCUGAUAGACGUGUCCAAACACCUGACCAACCUCCGUUACUCCGUCUGGAACGACAUGCUGCACAUAACCCCUUACACUCCAGUAACCCUGGACCCGACCACGUCCUGCCCAUCUCUGGUCCUCUCCCCUGGGCUAACCUCUGUCCAGCUGGGAAAGGAGAGGAUCCAGAUCCAGCCUGCUAACCCGGAGAGAUUUGACCCGAUCGACUGUGCUCUGGGCUGGGAAGGAUUCAGUGCCGGCACCCACUGCUGGACCGUGGAGGUUGGAGAGAGCAGCAACUGGACAGUUGGUGUGGCUAGCCAAUCGGUGCGUAGGAGGGAGGAGUUUGAGGCGUGUCCGGAGGAGGGGCUAUGGACCCUCAGCCUACGGAAUGGGACGUACCGUGCCAUGACCACACCCUGUACCACCCUCCCUCUGGACUGGUCCCGCCCCUUUCACAGGAUCAAGGUGUUUCUGGACUGGGAGGAGGGUCAGGUGGAAUUCUGGGAUGCCAUGAGGGACAAACUCCUGUUCACCUUCAAGCACCGCUUCACAGAGACGCUGUAUCCGUACUUCGAGAGCAGCUGUUCUAAGUGCUGGCUAGUGGUGUUACCCCAGAGAGUGUGUGUGGAGGUAGAGCUAGAGCCUAUCCCUGAGGAUGACGAUGGAGACCAGAUCCCACACGACGGAUCAUCCAAUGAGGGAGAGGAUACCGAGACUAGAUCCACUGACGACAGCAAGCUGACAGAAACCGGAUCCCCUGUCGAAGCCCAGAUCCCAAUGACCGGAUCUCCCAAGAUCUCAACCACUGACCAGAACCAAGAGACAAGAUCCCCUGACAAAACGUCAAACACUGGAUCCGCUCAAAGGAUGGGCCGGAUCCCAAAGACUAAAUCCACCGGAAAGGGAAAGAUCCCACAGACUGGAUCCGCUGUUCAGAAGCAGAUCAAAAACACCAGAUCCAAUGGAAGCUACCACAUCACGAAGGAUAGGCCGCUAGUCCAGGUCAGGAGGACAGGAUCCACUGAGUGAUCCACUGAGUGAUCCACUGAGAGAUCCACAAGCAAGUUGCCCUGCAGCUCAGCCCAGAUCAUCCAACACACAAGAGAUCACCCAACACAGACUAGAUCUCUCCUACCUCCACAGACUAGAUCCCCUACCUCCACAGACUAGAUCCCCUACCUCCACAGACUAGAUCUCCUACCCCCACAGACUAGAUCUCCUAUCUCCACAGACUAGAUCCCCCUACCUCCAUAGACUAGAUCCCCUACCUCCAUAGACUAGAUCUCCUACCUCCAUAGACUAGAUCCCCUACCUCUGUUGACUAGAUCUCCUACCUCCACAGACUAGAUCUCCUACCUCCACAGACUAGAUCUCCUACCUCCACAGACUAGAUCCCCUACCUCCAUAGACUAGAUCUCCUACCUCCAUAGACUAGAUCCCCUACCUCCACAGACUAGAUCCCCUACCUCCACAGACUAGAUCUCCUACAUCCACAGACUAGAUCUCCUACCUCCUUAGACUAGAUCCCCUACCUCCAUAGACUAGAUCUCCUACCUCCAUAGACUAGAACCCCUACCUCCACAGACUAGAUAUCCUACCUCCACAGACUAGAUCUCAUAGAUGCUGUCAUUGACUAGAUCACCUAACACACUAUAUUUGAGAUCUCUUACAAGCAUUUCUGUGUAAUGUUGUAAUACACAGUGUAUAAUAGUGGAGGUAAUGUUGUAAUACACAGUGUAUUAUAGUGGAGGUAAUGUUGUAAUACACAGUGUAUUAUAGUGGAGGUAAUGUUGUAAUACACAGUGUAUUAUAGUGGAGGUAAUGUUGUAAUACACAGUGUAUUAUAGUGGAGGUAAUGUUGUAAUACACAGUGUAUUAUAGUGGAGGUAAUGUUGUAAUACACAAUGUAUUAUAGUGGAGGUAAUGUUGUAAUACACAAUGUAUUAUAGUGGAGGUAAUGUUGUAAUACACAGUGUAUCAUAGUGGAGGUAAUGUUGUAAUACACAGUAUAUUAUAAUAGAGGUAAUGUUGUAAUACACAGUGUAUUAUAGUAGAGGUAAUGUUGUAAUACACAAUGUAUUAUAGUGGAGGUAAUGUUGUAAUACACAGUGUAUUAUAGUGGAGGUAAUGUUGUAAUACACAGUGUAUCAUAGUGGAGGUAAUGUUGUAAUACACAGUGUAUCAUAGUGGAGGUAAUGAAGCAUCUGUUCUCCCAGUGUAAUACACAGUGUAUUAUAGUGGAGGUAAUGUUGUAAUACACAGUGUAUUGUAGUGGAGGUAAUGUUGUAAUACACAGUGUAUCGUAGUGGAGGUAAUGUUGUAAUACACAGUGUAUUAUAGUGGAGGUAAUGCUGUAAUACACAGUGUAUCAUAGUGGAGGUAAUGUUGUCAUACACAGUGUAUCAUAGUGGAGGUAAUAUUGUUAUACACAGUGUAUCAUAGUGGAGGUAAUGUUGUCAUACACAGUGUAUCAUAGUGGAGGUAAUGCUGUAAUACACAGUGUAUCACAGUGGAGGUAAUGUUGUAAUACACAGUGUAUUAUAGUAGAGGUAAUGUUGUAAUACACAUUGUAUUAUAGUGGAGGUAAUGUUGUAAUACACAGUGUAUUAUAGUGGAGGUAAUGUUGUAAUACACAGUGUAUUAUAGUGGAGGUAAUGUUGUAAUACACAGUGUAUUAUAGUGGAGGUAAUGUUGUAAUACACAGUGUAUUAUAGUGGAGGUAAUGUUGUAAUACACAGUGUAUUAUAGUGGAGGUAAUGUUGUAAUACACAGUGUAUUAUAGUGGAGGUAAUGUUGUAAUACACAGUGUAUUAUAGUGGAGGUAAUGUUGUAAUACACAGUGUAUUAUAGUGGAGGUAAUGCUGUAAUACACAGUGUAUCACAGUGGAGGUAAUGUUGUAAUACACAGUGUAUUAUAGUGGAGGUAAUGUUGUAAUACACAGUGUAUCAUAGUGGAGGUAAUGCUGUAAUACACAGUGUAUCACAGCGGAGGUAAUGUUGUAAUACACAGUGUAUUAUAGUAGAGGUAAUGUUGUAAUACACAUUGUAUUAUAGUGGAGGUAAUGUUGUAAUACACAGUGUAUUAUAGUGGAGGUAAUGUUGUAAUACACAGUGUAUUAUAGUGGGGGUAAUGUUGUAAUACACAGUGUAGCAUAGUGGUGGUAAUGUUGUAAUACACAGUGUAUCAUAGUGGUGGUAAUGUUGUAAUACACAUUGUAUUAUAGUGGAGGUAAUGUUGUAAUACACAGUGUAUUAUAGUGGAGGUAAUGUUGUAAUACACAGUGUAUUAUAGUGGAGGUAAUGUUGUAAUACACAGUGUAUUAUAGUGGAGAUAAUGUUGUAAUACACAGUGUAUUGUAGUGGGGGUAAUGUGGUAAUACACAUUGUAUUAUAGUGGGGGUAAUGUGGUAAUACACAGUGUAUUAUAGUGGAGAUAAUGUUGUAAUACACAGUGUAUUAUAGUGGAGGUCAUGUUGUAAUACACAGUGUAUUAUAGUGGAGGUCAUGUUGUAAUACACAGUGUAUUAUAGUGGAGGUAAUGUUGUAAUACACAGUGUAUUAUAGUGGGGGUAUUGUUGUAAUACACAGUGUAGCAUAGUGGUGGUAAUGUUGUAAUACACAGUGUAUCAUAGUGGAGGUAAUGUUGUAAUACACAGUGUAUCAUAGUGGAGAUAAUGAAGCAUCUCAGUUCUCCCAGUGUAAUGUGUUUUGAAUAAAGAACAAAUAAAGAAUGAUACUGUUUGAG